AUGGCCUUCACAGACCUGCUGGACGCCCUGGGCGGCGUGGGCCGCUUCCAGUUCUUCUACACGGCGCUGCUGCUGCUGCCCUGUGGCCUGCUGGCCUGCCACAGCUUCCUGCAGAACUUCACGGCCGCCGUGCCCCGCCACCACUGCCGAGGCCCGGCCAAACAUGCUGCGGCCGCCAACCACUCCGAGGCCUGGCUGAGAGCCAUCGUCCCCUUGGACCAGCUUGGGGCCCCCGAGCCAUGUCGGCGCUUCAUGGAGCCGCAGUGGGCCCUCCUGAGCCCCAACACCUCGGUCCACGGGGCAGCCACGGAGAGCUGCAAGGACGGCUGGGUCUACGACCACCGCGUGUUCCGGUCCACCAUCGUGACGGAGUGGAAUCUGGUGUGUGAGGCCCGCACCCUCCGGGACCUGGCUCAGUCCAUCUACAUGGCCGGGGUACUGGUGGGCGCCGCUGUGUUUGGCAGCCUUGCAGACAGGCUGGGCCGCAAGGGCCCCCUGGUCUGGUCAUACCUGCAGCUGGCAGUUUCGGGGGCCGCCACAGCAUACUUCAGCUCCUUCGGUGCCUACUGCGUCUUCCGGUUCCUGAUGGGUAUGACCUUCUCGGGCAUCAUCCUCAACUCCCUCUCUCUGGUGGUGGAGUGGAUGCCCACCCGCGGCCGGACCGUGGCGGGCGUCCUGCUGGGGUUCUCCUUCACCCUGGGUCAGCUCAUCCUGGCCGGAGUGGCAUACCUGGUCCGCCCCUGGCGGUGGCUGCAGUUUGCCGUCUCUGUUCCCUUCCUCGUCUUUUUCUUCUAUUCUUGGUGGCUGCCAGAGUCGUCCCGAUGGCUCCUCCUCCACGGCAGGUCCCAGCUGGCUGUGCAGACCCUGCGGAAGGUGGCUUCGAUGAACGGGAGGAAGGAGGAAGGGGACAGGCUGACCCAGGAGGUGGUAAACUCCUACAUCCAGAGUGAGUUUACAAGCACCCGCACCUCCAACUCAGUCUUGGACCUCUUCCGAACCCCGGCCAUCCGCAAGGUCACGUGCUGUCUCAUGGUGGUCUGGUUCUCCAACUCCAUGGCUUACUACGGCCUGGCCAUGGACCUACAGAAGUUCGGGCUCAGUGUAUACCUGGUACAGGUCCUGUUCGGGGUCAUAGACAUCCCGGCCAUGCUGGUGGCCACCGCCACCAUGAUUUCUGUGGGCCGCCGAGCCACAGUGGCCUCCUUCCUCAUCCUGGCUGGGCUCAUGGUGAUCGCCAACAUGGUUGUUCCAGAAGAUAUGCAGACCCUGCGCACCGCCCAGGCAGCGCUGGCCAAAGGCUGCCUGGCCAGCUCCUUCAUCUGCGUGUACCUGUUCACAGGAGAACUGUACCCCACGGAGAUCAGGCAGAUGGGGAUGGGCUUCGUCUCCAUCAACGCCCGCCUUGGAGGUCUGGUGGCGCCCCUGAUCACCGCAGUCGGGGAGUUCAGCGCCAUCCUGCCGCCUGUGGCCUUUGGGGCCACCUCGAUCCUCGCUGGACUGGCCGUCUGCUUCCUGGCUGAGACCCGCAACACACCCCUGGUGGAGACCAUUGAGGUGAUGGAGAGGAGAGCCAAAGGCCUUUCCAAGAAGGAAGCAGAAGGGAAGAGUGAAGAACUUUCUCUUCAGCAGCUGGGAGCUUCUCGCCUCAUAGAAACCAUCUAA